AUGUUUACCGAUCUCCCACGAGAAUUGGAAUGGGAAAUACUCUCUAGGGUUCCUCCCACGUGUCUAAACAUAGAUAUACCUGCAGACGAUGUUAACCUCAAUCUCCAUGGAAUCAACAACAACAAGAGCUUUGAUUCAUCCAUUGAGUUUACAGGUAAACCCAACAGCCUAAGAGAUUCAGAACAGAUGAUGAUACAUGCUAUCUUUCAGUGCGAGGGUUUGUUUUUGUGCACCACCAAAGACAAAAGAAUCGUGGUUUGGAACCCUUGUACUGGUCAAACCAGGUGGAUCCGGAGCCAACCCGGUAAUCGUGACGAUUUGUAUGCACUAGGAUACUAA